UCUGUCGCUAGUUUCAAAUGGAUUGCUAGUUGCGGUCGUAUGUAAGAUAUCCGGUACGCGUACAACAAAAUGUACUUCUCGGUCGCAUAUAGUUUAAACUGUGAGUUGUGUGGGUGAAACAAUAACCUGUGGCCAUUAAUCUAUAGAGAGUAAAUGCACUAAUAAUGUGUCUUGAUAUUUAUGAUGUUCGCACACAACAGGCUUCACUCAUACUAAGGCAUGUCUAGAUCGCAUGAGGAAUGUAUAUCUUGGUGCGACGAUUGCUCCACCUGCAAAAAUAAUCAUCCUUAUGAUUCCUAUAAGAGAUACAAGUGCAUCGGCCAGAUCGGUUACGAAAUGAGAUUGAGAGCGGUAUCUCCACCUCCUCCUGGUUCCGGACCGCGAUACCGUUCUCAGUGCUGUUGGCCAUCUCCAAUGAUAAUGUCGGAGUGUGGCACUACUUCUGCGACCACUUCAGGUAUCGACGACAUUGGCUUUGGAUGUGAAUGCGACCCAAGCAGUCCCGUCUCCCGAAAUUCUCUGCUUGCUACAACACACUCACAGCACGCUAUUAAUAGCGCAGAUAUAAUUAGUAGCGCAAAUAGAAUGAAGAUGACCGAGAAUGCUACGUCAGAACAAGCGCCGUCGCUCGUUCAACAAACAAGUUCGGCUACAGUGCGUGAUAUAUUUUAUUCGGGCACGUGUCAUUUAAAAAGUCCUCAAAAACGUUGUGCCUUGGUGCGACCACAAAUAUAUCCAAGGAUUACAGAUUACGGUGAUACCAGUAUUAACAAUAAUAAAGACGACAUCAUCCUGGAACGUCUCCCCAGAUUCCGCUUCGGCGGAAAUCGUUCUGUUGCUGCUGCCGAUAAGAGAGGUAAUGAUCAUCGCUUCAAGGAGCUUAGUGAUCGACUAAAAAGGGGACCCGGGCCAAUACCACCGCCCAGAACAAGGCACGCCUCAAGGAUAGUUAGUAUCCCUUCAGUAUCCACAUCCGAGAGUCCCACAGUUACUCAAGAUUUUAACCGACGAAUUCCUCCUUUGAGGAGUGCAUCAUUUUCGCAAGUAGACUAUUGCUCCGAUGAUAAUAAAUAUAUACGCAGACGAUCUGCCUCUAAUGAGAAUCAAGACGGAGAAAAUUCAUCUACUGCAAAUAAUUAUGUAGCAACAUUGCCAAGAACAAAAAAUAUAGUAAAACAUACGGCUACAGAUGAUAGCAAGUUACCUGUUAAUUUUAAAGAGAAUACGCAGCAAUCUGAAAUUGGUUCUACAGAAUUAUCAAGCUCAUGUAACUCCUCUAAUAAUAAAGUGAAAUUAGAUGAUAUAAAAUCUGAAAGCUUUCCAACAGUUGGACCUAGACCUCAAAAAAAACAAUCUUUUGACAAAAGGAGAGACAAAUCUCGAAGAAGAAAAGGCAUAUAUAUAUCUCAAUGGCCGAAUACCUAUCAAUCAUCAGAAGAAGUUAUACCACAAUUCGUGGAAGAGUCUGUAUUAGAUUCUUGCAAAGAAACUUCCAAUAAACAUUUACAAGAUUCUUUAAAAGAUAUAACGAAACUUCAAAUCCAGGAAAAGUCAGAAUUCCCGAUAUGGAGUAGUCCUCAAGAAGAGCCUCUUAGUCCUGAUGAAAGUAACACGUGCCCAGAAUGGCCUUUAGUUUCAAUUCGUGGUCGACUUGUUUCACAAUCUUCCGAAGAAAAAGAGCAAUUGAAAAACACUUGUCGUGGAAUUAACUUAUUUAGAUCAGAUUCCUUAUCUGAGGGUGAACCGGACACAAUUGAAAGAAAGUUAGAUCAAAUUUCUUUAGCUCCUUCAGAUAUUUCCGACUGUGAAAGCAGAAUAAGUCUAACUACAAGUCCUUCAAUACCUCGUAGAUACUCAAAACGACCAUUACGAGGACCAUAUGGCCAAAUGUUAGAAGCAGAAAUGAAAAGACCCGAGGGAAGAAAACAUAUCCACAAUGAUUUACAAUUUCUAGAAGACUUAAGUAGUGUUCAAAAUAAACCUAAACAUACGAGAGGUCAAUGCAAUACGUCUUUAGACGAAACACAAUUAUCUCAAAAAAAUUCGAAAUUACUUCACAAAUGUAAAACUAGUGGAGACAGUUCGGUGCCAAGCGAAAUUGAAUCAAGGAUCAUUAGCCACCAACGCACAUCGUCUAGUCCUUCAGCACUGGAGAGAUACAGUAAUAAUGAAGUUUCCAGUGAAUUAUUGGAGCAGUUACUUAGAGGCAGUUCUGAACAACUUGCAAUAGCUGAUACUCAUCAACAGCAAUACAAUGAUACAAGAACCCAUGUGGUGGUGGAACUAUACGAUAACGAAAGGAUAUACGUGGAGUCGCUGCAAAUCUUAGUAACGAAAUACCUAGAACCAUUAAAACUACCUGAAAACGCUAAUUUACUUGAUGCCUUGUUGGUGGACGAAAUAUUUUACCAAAUUCCAUUUUUAUUAAGCCAUCAUCAGUUCUUUCUAGAUGAAUUAAAAAAGCGAUUAGAGCAUUGGGACAUUAAACAAAAAAUAGGUGAUAUUUUUUUAGAAAUGUUUUCUAAAUCUUCAGUUAUCGAAAGCUAUACAAAUUAUGUCAAUAAUUGGAAAAGAGCGAGAGAAAUUUUGAAAAGUGCUCAACAAUCAAAGCCAGCUUUUGGUAAAUUUUUGGAGAAUACGUCACGUGAACAUAAAGGCAAACUGGCAUUAGAUUCAUUAUUAAUAAAACCAAUACAAAAGUUUCCCAAAUACGAGUUGCUUAUACAAAGACUUAUCAAACAUACGGAUAUGAAUCACCCAGAUCAUAAUUUAUUACUUUCCGCUCAAAAACUUGUUCACGAUCAACUUCUUAAAAUAAAUUGUACCGAACGAGAAGCCCUAGAAUUGGAACAACUUAGGGAAAUUGAAAGUCUUAUCGAAGGCUUAAUAGAUUUAGUUUCCACCGACAGACAAUAUUUACGACACGAUUUAGUCAGUAUGUCUGCAGGUGGUGGAGCCAGAAAAGAACGGGCAUUAUUUCUAUUUUCUGACUUAUUACUUAUUACAAGUAUAAAACGAAGAAGUGGUACUAUAAAAAGACCAAAUACUAUACAAGGUAGUGUCACGAGCACGUUAGAAGCAAACAAAUAUAAGCUUUUAAUGAAAGUGCCACUGGAAGAUUUAGAAGUGUUAAAAACAAAAGACGACAACUUAAAACAGAUGAUGAUUGAAGUUGAUAACUUAACAGAAGACAUUAGUACUUUAAAUCAGAUUUCAGAGUUAAGUUGGUCUUUGCAUUGUAACCACUCGCAGCUUGAUGAAAUUAUAAAAGAAAUGUCAUCAACUUUAAGUAAACAAUUGAGUGAUCAACAAAAUAGUGAUUCGCAACUAUCUGGUUUAGAUUUAACAUUAAAUACGCCAAAUGGACUAGAGAAUAUUUCAAUAUUAUUUUCUAAAUCCGAAAAACGUACAUCAUGGGAAGAGUCAUUUUGCGAGGCUAAACAAAAAUUAGCAAUAUCUGGAGAUCGUAGACCGUGUCCAGAAUUAAUAGCUACAGUACCGAUUAGGAAAACAAGGGCUGGUCUUCAGUUUACGUGUGCAGAACCAACAUUGAGCGAUAGCGGUAAAGACGUAUGGGUAUGCAAUAGUGAUGGCUAUGUAGGACAAGUGUGUGUUUUAAGUUUAACACCAGAACCUACUGUUGCAUCGUGCAAUGGAGUGUGCAAUGCUCGAAUACUUUGCAUUGCUUCUGUUCCUGGCGUAAAUAGUAGCGUAUUCAAAUCAAAUGGGGACAAUUGUAAUCAAAUGGAUGUGGAAGAUCGAAAAAAAAACCAGUUUGAUAGUAGUUCAUCAAGUGAAGAUGAUCUAAGUGAUUGUGAACCAAAUGAUGAGUCACAAGGAGUAAUAGAUUCAACGGAUGAUCCAAAUGUAGAUGUAGAAGAGUCAGAUAAUCAGCAAUCUACUAUGUGGUUAGGAACUGAAGAUGGCUGUAUUCAUGUUUAUAAUUCAAACGACAAUAUCCGUAUUAAGAAAAAUAAAAUUAAACUACAACAUAAUUCCUCAAUUUUAUGUAUUAUAUAUCUUGAUAACACCGUAUUUGUUUCACUUGCAAGCGGUGAUUUUGUUAUAUACUAUCGAGAAAUGGGAUCUUGGAAUAUCAACUCACCUCUAACAGUUACCGUUGGAACAACGAGUACGGCAGUAUCAAAGAUUGUUCCAAGUUCAAGAAAAUUAUGGUGUGGUUGUGGUAGUACCAUAAAAAUUUUCAAUACUGAAACUCUAAAAACUGAGAAUAGUUUUAAUGUAGACAACGAUUCAAAUAAACCUAUUUCAUGUAUUGCACUAUGUGGAAACGGCGUGUGGUUAUCUUUACAAAAUUCAGCAAUCCUGAAAUGCUUUCACAUACUUACGUUUGAACUGUUGUGUGAAAUUAAUGUUGCACCUGCUGUCACUAAGAUGUUAACCAGUUGUGAUGAUAUUAUAAGGCAACACAAAGCAGCCUGUUUAAGGGUGACGGCUUUGUUAGCGUGUAAGGAUUUGCUGUGGAUAGGAACAUCAGCUGGAGUACUGUUAACUAUACCUUUACCACAUAUUUCACCAAAAACAACGAAAAUAUCAACUGUCCCUACAAUUACUGGCGUAUCACAUGGACAUACGGGCCAUGUUCGCUUUUUAACAUCGGUGGAAAUGCCAUUUGGUAACAACGACACACAACAUAGAAAUUCUUAUAAAGGAAAACAAGAACAAAGAACCAACAUAAAGUUACUAGUUAUAUCAGGUGGCGAUGGAUAUGAAGAUUUUAGGACAUCUAAUUUAUCUGAAGUAGCAGGACGUGAAGAUUCCACAAACCAUUUAUUAUUGUGGAAUAUUUAAGAAAAUUAUAUGUAAAUAUUUCAAAUAUAAAGAAAGUAUAUAGCAUAUCUAAACCCUGAACCAUUGUAUGUUCGAGUGAUAACUGCAUUUCUGUAAAAUGUGUGAUAGUAGCAUUAGAAAUCUGUAUAAUUGUAAUUUUACUUGUGGUGGUAGUGUUAUUAUGUUUCUAAAACUCUAACAUAAUUGUUCCUAUUUAAUAAAUUGUUGCUAUAUUCACUCACGCCACAAACCACCGUUUAAAAAUAUUCACAAUAUUAUCGUACAUCGGACUAACUCAAAAAGAAACUUACUUUUCAAUUAUCAAUUGGAACUAUACAAUUAAAUAAUAAUGAACGAAUGAAACCGGUAAAAAAUCAAUUUUUAUAAUGGGCUUAUUCUAAUUGAUGAUAGUGUUUUGUAAUAAGAAAAUAUUUAUGUACAAAGACUGACUUUUGUUUUGUCAGAAAAUUAUUUUGAUAUAUUAUAAAAAUUAUAUUGUUCAAACCGUUUGUGGUGUGUUUUGUUUAAAAAUAGAAAUUGUUAAAAUAUUUAAUUAAUAAUAAAUUAUGUUAUAAGAAUAUAUAUAUAUAUAUAUAUAUAUAUAUAUAUAUAUAUUAAGAAUAUAUAUUCUUUACUGGUUACUGGAAAACUAAAUGUUUUAUAUGAAUUUUUCUAUGAAUUUAUAUAAAAGAAGUCUUUAUAUUG